AUGUUUAGGUUCAGGUCAAUAGCGAGUAGUCUUGGAUGCUCAAAAAUCAUAUACCGGUCACAGUACCUACCCAUACCUAAAUUUGGCAUAAGGUCGGCCUCCUCCCAGUCAGAAGGCCGGGAGCAGAUCGCAACAACCGAGCCAAAAGGCGAAACUACAAAUUCUUCCUCUUCUCAAUCUCUUAGUUCAUCGACCAAAAAGAGACUCUCUGUGUCUAAUCCACCCUACCAGAAAUCAUGGGAUCUUCCCCAAAUAUCUGAUACUGGAUCUGUCAUUGACAAAGAUUUGCAGCGAAUUACAACCGUGGCUAACAGAGUUGGUGCCCUGAUAGAUGGCAGACCUAAAGUACCACCAAAUUGGCGGUCGGAUAAAACCCUCGAACCUUGGAAGAGGCAAAUGUUUGCAUUAAAAGAGAAACUGCAUAAUGAAGGCUGGAAACCCAAAAAAAGACUAUCGAGAGCUGCAAUGGAAGGCAUCAGGAAAUUACGGGACUUUGAACCCACUCUAACGACAAGAGACAUAGCCAAAGAGUUCAAAGUAUCACCAGAAUCAAUCAGACGAAUAUUAAAGAGUAAAUGGCGGCCCACAGAAGAAGAGCUAGUGGAUAUUAGUGAACGAUGGCAGAAACGGGGAGAGAAGUUAAGAUCACUCAAGCUGUCAUCUCAGCCUGUAUUGUCAAGUUAUUCACUCAAAAAGUCUCAUCAGAGCCGCAAACUACGUCGAACCACAACAAAUCAAAAGUCAUCUGGUGAUAUAGGCGAUGAAUUCUUUUAG